AGAAGAAGAGACUCAACCAUUUUCACCAUCGCCACACACACACUCUCUCUCUCUUCUCUUUUCCGCCGCCGCAACGGCCAUAGGGUUCCGACCACUCGACGGUGAACUCUUUGUCGGUUUCAGAACCACCGAAUAAGUAGAAACCUCGAUUUUUUCAGAUCUCCAUUUCCCGAAAUCGCAUGUCAAAAAACUUCUUUAAUAGUUUGAAGAACGCGACGAACACAGCUUCUCCAGCUUCGUGAUUCGUUUCCAGGAGCUGCAUUUUCUCCGAUAUUUUCUAUGGACCGACGAAGUUGGCCUUGGAAGAAGAAGUCAUCUGAUAAACCAACCUUAGUGCUUGAAUCUGCAGCUGAUACUUCUCAUUCACAAGUUGAAAAAGAUGUUGUUAAGAAGCCAAAGUAUGUGCAAAUUUCUGUGGAGCAGUAUACGCAUCUCACGGGUUUGGAAGAACAAAUAAAGACAUACGAUGUUCAAAUCAAAUCUUACGAGAGUCAAGUUGAAGCUUAUGAGGAGAAAGUGAAAAGUUUUGAAGAACAGAUUGAGGCGUAUGAUGAGCAGGUUCAGAGUUAUGCUGAACAAGUGCAGACACUAAAUGAGGAUAAGGAGGACUUGACUGAGAAACUUUCUGCUGCUAAUGAGGAAAUAGCUACCAAAGAGACUUUAGUGAAGCAACACUCUAAGGUUGCUGAAGAUGCUGUCUCAGGUUGGGAAAAAGCUGAUGCUGAAGCUUUGACUUUGAAAAACACACUGGAAUCUGUUACUCUCUCGAAACUUACAGCUGAAGAUCGUGCAGCGCAUUUAGACGGUGCGUUGAAAGAGUGUAUGCGGCAGAUACGUAACUUGAAGAAAGACCAUGAAGUGAAAUUGCAUGAUGUUGCUUUAACCAAGACCAAGCAGAUUGAGAAAAUUACAAUGGAGUUUGAAAAGAGGAUCUCUGACUAUGAACAAGAGCUAUUAAGGUCUGCAGCGGAUAGCGAUGCCUUGUCCAGAACUCUACAAGAGCGGUCCAACAUGCUAGUGAAAAUCAGUGAGGAGAAGUCAAGAGCUGAUGCCGAAAUCGAGACCCUCAAGAGCAAUCUAGAAAUGUGCGAAAGAGAAAUAAAAUCUCUCAAGUACGAGGUCCAUGUUGUUUCUAAAGAGCUCGAAAUACGCAACGAAGAGAAGAACAUGUGUAUUAGAUCUGCAGAAGUUGCCAACAAGCAACACCUCGAAGGGGUGAAGAAAAUAGCUAAGUUGGAAGCAGAAUGCCAGAGACUAAGAAGUCUUGUGAGGAAAAAGCUUCCAGGACCAGCUGCUCUUGCUCAAAUGAAGCUUGAGGUUGAGAACUUAGGCAGGGAUAACGGAGAUGCCAGACUAAAGAGAUCUCCCAGCAAGGCUUCUAGUCCGUGCAAGUCGCCGAGGGGUUAUUCAUCUUCUGGUUCUGACUUCUCUCUCGAUAACUCACAGAAAUUCCAGAAAGAAAAUGAGUUUCUAACAGAACGUUUACUUGCGAUGGAAGAAGAGACAAAAAUGCUGAAAGAAGCGUUGGCAAAGCGCAACAGUGAGUUGCUGGAGUCACGUAAUCUUUGUGCUCAGAGCACUAGUAAGCUUCAAAGCUUGGAAGCUCAAGUUCAGCAAAAUAAGUCCUCACUUGCAGUGUGUCCAAAUCUGAAUCGAUCAAGUUCAAUCUCUGUUUCUGAAGAUGGGAAUGAUGAUUCUGGAAGUUGCAGUGAAUCUUUGUCAACAACUCCAUCACAACAGACCAAGAAAGAUAAAGAUAUGACGGCACUUGAAAGAGUUGAAAGUGUUAGUAGUCAUGUGGAGCUUAUGGAUGAUUUUCUUGAAAUGGAGAAGUUAGCUUGUUUGCCUAACCAAUCUAGCGGGAAUGGUAGUAUGGAUUCCAAAGAAUGUUCAGGUGAUCAAAAGUCAGAACUGGUGAGUGUUGAGGCUCAUACCAAACUUGAGGAGUCUGAUAAAAGUAGUCCGGCAGAAAUGGAAUUCAGAUCUCGAUUAUCAAAGAUUCUUGAAUCUGUAUCUGCUGAUUCUGACCUAAGAAAGAUUGUAGGGGAUAUAAAAUGCAUUUUGCAUGAUGUGAAUGGUUGUCUGGACCAGGACAAGCCUUCUGAUGUGCAGGUUCAUCCUGAAGAAGAGGCUGCUUUAUGUCCAGAACAAAACUCGUUGGAGGAUUGUCAUUUGGAAAAACAAAAGCUGCAGGGCGUCAACCAAGAUUUAAAAAAUGCUGUUUCUCGGAUUCAUGAAUUUGUUUUGUUGCUAAGAAAAGAGUUAAGUGCAAGUCAGGACACUGCUAUUGAGGGAAAUGAUUUCGUUGAACUAAUUGAGGGCUUUUCCAUCACGUUCGACCAUGUUUUAAGUGGUGAGAAAAAUUUGGACAGUUUUGUUUCGGAUCUUGCUAAUGUCUUCAACGAGGCCAUGGAGCUAAAGGUAAAUUUUAGGGGUCUUGCUUCCUCCGAGGUUGAAAAUGUGAGUCCAGAUUGCAUAGAUAAGGUUGCAUUACCCGAGAGCAAGGCUGUAGAUAAAGAUCCAUCCAAAGAAAUAUAUCAAAAUGGAUGUGUCCACAAUGAGGCAGAGGUUCCAUGUGAUGAAAACAGAGUUUUGGAGUAUGAAUCAGACUCCAAAUUACAGGAAAUAGAAGAACUGAAAUCAGAAAAGGAAAAAAUGGCAGUGGAUAUCGAGGAGCUGAAAUUUCAGUUACAAGAAUCUCAGCAGCUGUUAGCUGACGUAAGAUCACAGUUGGAUUCUGCUCAGAGGUCAAACAGCUUGGCGGAUACACAACUCAGAUGUAUGACUGAGUCAUAUAGAUCACUUGAAACAGGUGCAGCUGAUUUAGAGAUCGAUGUGAACGAGCUUAAGCAAAAGGUACGGAAUUUGGAGAAUGAGCUUGAAGAUGAAAAGCGCAAACACCAAGAAGCUAUUGUGAGGUGCCAUGAACUCGAAGAACAUAUUCAAAGAAACGCAAACACUUCUCUGGUUGCUGAGGAUGAGGAAGAAGAUGAUAUCAAGACCAAACAGGAGAGAGAGUUAGCAUCAGCAGCAGAGAAGUUAGCAGAGUGUCAAGAAACCAUAUUUGUGUUGGGGAAGCAGCUAAAGUCAUUACGACCACAACCUGAACAAAUGAGGUCACCAAAAAGACAAAGUGAGUCCUAUCCUGAGGAUGAACUAGCCGCCAAAAACUACACCGUAGACGAAGCUGACACUUUGGUUAACGAGGCCCCUAGAUUUAUGGAAUCUCCAAAAUAUCCUUCUGACUCAGAGACUAGCGAUUUGAUGACAUCGCCAUCACGAGUGGGUUCAAGGCUCUCGAGGUCAGGUUCAUCUGGCAAUCCAACCCCAGAGAAACCUUCCAGAGGAAUCAGCAGGUUCUUCUCAUCCAAAUCCGGAUAUUAGCCUUUGAAAUAAAAGAGAGAAGAAAGCAGCUGUGUAUGUGUACAUGAUGAAAUGUGAUCAAAUAACUCAGAGAAUACUUGGGCUCUUUUUGUCAUUUUUUAUGUUUACUAGAGGUAAUUAGUUACCUCCUUUAUUCUACGACGUGUGCAUUUUAAUGUUGAUGUUUUGUUUGUUAUUGAAUUAAUCAAAGGAUGUAUGUGACAUUGCAUUCACUCAACAGUAAUUGUA